AUGAUCGUGCUUCCACGGUUUUCUCUACCUUUACCCGUUUCUCAUACUUUUUCGGGCAUCGAAUUCCCGGUUUGGCCAGCCGGUACCGAGGAGGCCGAGCAUGAGCUCGACCUAGGCGGAGUGGCCGUGUUGCCGGAGGACCUCGGUCUGGAGCUUAUCAUGCCCCAACCGGCCCCGCUUUACGACUACGAGCACGACCCGGACGUUCUACCAUUCGAAAAUGAGACCAUUGACCGGAACAACAACGUCGAGACGGACGGGUUCAACUUUGACGCGUGGUUCGACGAGCCGCACGAAAUUGCGCGGCUCAACGAGCGCAGCGAGAUACUUAGGGAGCAUCUGACACUGCGCAUCAACAACAUCCUGGACGAGCUGCGCGAAAAUGUGCUGCAAGCGGCAAACGAGGAGCAGCAGCGGGAAACGGAGCAAGAAGCAAGGCUAAGAGUGCAAGCCGAACUCCGAAUGUCGCUGAACCGAAAGGGCGACAUCCCGCUGCCAAUCAGCAGCGAUGGGAGCGAUGCUGAGAAUCCGGGCCACCUCGAGAGGCUGUCCAACACCCGGCGCCAGCGCCUCGACUACUACCACACGGCGAAACUGGACUUGCAGCAGAACGUUGCGAAUCUUCGACCUGAAGUGCUGCAGCCGCAGAUUGAUCAUCUCCAACGGCUCUACAAUUUCCAGCAUCGCGAGAUGGAGAAACUGCGCCUACAAAUCGUCUUCCUGUCGGCUCGCAUCAACGAAUACGGACGCUGCGAAACCGACAAGGACUUCAAGGAGCUUGCCAAGUUUUGGAUCCCCCACUUCACCACUCAAGCGCUCGGUUUAGAAGGCUUG